AUGUCUUCGUCUUCGAUCCGCUGUCGCGGACCUUGGAAAAUACAUAAGCGUUGUUCUGAACCGGAUAGAUGGCUCGAUGAGAUGGGUUUCUAUAGGAAACACACGGCUAGGGACUCCAGCUGCCUGUUUAGGGCCGUUUCCGAGAACAUCUAUAACACGCAGAAGUAUUAUCACAAAGUACGAAUGGAGUGUGUUAAAUUCAUGGCCACUAGGAGAGAACUGUUUGAAGGGUCAUUGGAUUGUCCAUUUGAAAAUUAUCUCAAAGAGAUGGCAAAUCCAUCAGAAUGGGGUGGACUUGUUGAAAUUUCAGCAAUGAGUCAAUUGUAUAGCCAUGAUUUUGUUAUAUUUGAAGCGAACAAAGGUCCACAAACCAAAAUAUCAAAUGGUUAUGAAAAGACUAUUUAUUUGUUUCGCUCCACUGAGACCAAACACUAUGAUGCUGUGUACACAAAAGAAUUCAUAAAUGCAUCAUCAUUUUGUCAGUCUUUGGUAUACGAAAUUCUUUACGAAGGUGUUUACCAGCUCAAAGAGUUGCCUUAUGCCGUUGAUAAAAUGCUACAUGAUAAAAUAGCUACAAACCAUAUUGAAUACUUCAUGGCCGAGAAUGUAGAACGGCGUAAGAGACAGAAAGAGAGAGCUAAGAUCUUCAUAGAUGCUCCAAAUAGUGAUGACAAGGAUAGAAACAAUAAUGCAGUUGCCCUCAAAUGUAAACACCACACUGAAGACUUAGAAAGGGCUAGCCUUCUCAAGGAAUCUCUCAGUAUUUUCGUGUUCAAUCGUAGUCUGAUACAACUAGAAAAUGUAUGUAUGAAUUGCUUGAAUGUGAACAGCGCUAAAGAUUUAAUUGACAACGGUAUUACACCGUUCCCAUACAAAGUGGCUAAAGCACUAGAUCCAGAUAUAUAUCGGAAUAUAGAAUUUGAUGUGUGGAGCGAACUGCGGAAAGAGAUGCGUUUCGGGAUUAGAUACUCGGAUGGCACAACUUUGCAAGUAGGAGUCAAAUGUUUGUGUAAACUACCCGAACAAACGGUGGCCUAUCAUUGUCACAUACAGGAGAUGCGGCCAGACGGGGGCCCCUGUCUGGUCUUUAUUGAGGACUUGGGGGAGAAGCGUGUGGUCAAUUACGACCAGCUGGAGCCCCUGCCGCAGGAGGAGGUCAGGCCUUGGGCACCUCCGUACAGAUACUCUCGAACGAACUCUCAGUUCCUGACGCUUACUCAAAUGUUGCAGCAGAUAGGCAGCGUCACUCGAAAACAAGGAUUGAAGGUACAAAAAAAGAAGGAAGAGGCAAAAACACUAGAGAAAGCAAUAAAACUGGACAAUAAAGAGUCGUGGAGAGAGGAGAAUGGUUCAGAAGGGCUUCCAAUGGCGUUUAAGACUGAUGAGAUUCACUUCCCAACAUAUCAACAUUUGGAUUACGUUAACUUUGAACCAAUGCCUGUUGAAGUACAAGCACUGCCCCUGAUGGUGGACUGCCGGCCGGCGGGCGCUGCCGCCCACGAGAUCGCCAACGGGGCGCCUUCUGAAGGUCACCACGCGCAGCCAGCGCAGUCGUCUACGAGUGGCGAAAUGGCUGGCCACGGAGUGACUUCCCAAGCGGCGCGCGCCUCCACCCCAGCUACCACUACCACCACGUUUGCAGGUAACGCUGGCAACGGUGCGGCGUAUGGCCCCGCAUGCGGGCCGUACGCGUGCGGCGUCAAGUCCGUGGUGUGGUGCGGGCCGCACUCGCCGCCGCCGCACGCGCACGUGGGCCCCGCGGGCCCCGGGGGCCCCGGCGGGCCGGCCGGGCCCGGCGCCCCGGGGCUGGGCCCGCACGCCCACGCUGCCAUGCACGCGCCGCUGCUGGCGCCGCCCGUGCCUCCGCUGCCGCCCCACGUGCCUCCCCCCCCGCCCGGCAUCAGCCCCCACGUGCACAAGAGUAUACUCGCCAACGGCGCUGACCUGCCCAUGAACGAUAUAGCAACUCUGCGGUACUAUUUCAACCUGGGCGUGGACUGCAUGUGGUCGCUGUACGGGCCACCUCCUCCACCGCACAUCAUGCACCAAUACUCACCGCGUGAUAUUGCACAGGAUAUGCAGCAGAUGUCGUUACACGACCGCGCCAACCAUAAUGGCAACGAGCAUAAUCAGAAGCACAAGCCGAAUAGCAAUGACAAGCCGCAGGUGAACAACCAGGGCAAGGGGAAUGGACAACGGCCUCUGCUCGGACCCAGAUUCAAACGUGGUGGGAACAAUCCAGACGGCAGCCAGACCACCAACCACAAUCCCAAUAAAGGCCACAACAACAAUAUGGGCAAUAAAGGGCCUAACAAUCGGCGUAACUCGCACGUGGACGUCCGCGGCGUGGGCGUGACCGGAGGUGUGGGAGCAUACGGCGAGCCCCCUGAGUGCGUUGUGGAGGGCGGCAUGGUGUCGCUGCCGUACAUCCCCUACCCGCCGCCGAUCUACCCCAUCCCUUACUACCCCGUCGACUCCGACCCAUCAAUGAUGGGAAUGAUGGGCGGCAUCGGCUACGUCGGAUACGAGGAGGGUAUGGAGUACGGUGCUUCACUCCAGUCACUUCAGUACUACGGGCCACCACCGCCUCACUACCCACCGCCGCAUCAGCACCACCAGCACCAUCAGGAGCACAAUUCUACCGAACGAGCUGCACACCCAUCUCGGGCGCAAAUUGAUGCGCUCUUGCUCUUUCUGGAGCAAAACCGCAGUCUGGCUAAAGGAUUUCCAAAAGUGCCUAGUGCUCGAGAUAAGGCAAGAAAGAAAUGGCAGGAAGUGUCACCGAGCUUAAAUAACUUAGGAGGAAGUAUGAAAACGUGGAAGCAGUGGACUAAGUAUUGGGCCGAUAAAAAGAGUGCAGUUAAAAAAAAGGCCAUACUGCGCUCUGAGGAGCGGCGCAACUCUGAAGCUGGAACUGAGGAGGUGGUGGAACUUACGGAUGUAGAAGAGCGGAUUAUAUCAUUAAUGGGUGGUGAGAGCUUCACAGAAGGCAACAAACCUAGUGCAAAUAACACUUUUGCAAGUUUUGUACCUGCAGCACAACACCGGCAACCCUCUCCAACACAAGAUUUCAAAAUGGAAAACUCUACGAGCGAUCCUUUGGAUGAAAUAACUAGUAUGACAAAUGCUGACAGUCCCAUAUCAAUGAUGGCUGAAGAAUUAGAAAGUAAUACUAAUGCAGGCUCCCCGCAAGCUCAAUGUUACCAAACUGCGUCUCCACAUCAGUAUAAUUCGCCAACUCGCAGCACGCAAUCACCUCGUCAUAAUACAAUUCCACACCGCAGGCGAAGGUUAUUACCCUUACCUUCACAACGUCGAUCACAAUUUUUAAACAUCACUCAUCGCUUCCUGAGGGUGGAGGAGCAGCGGUUGGAGUUGGAUCGCAGAAUCGUUACAGUGAUGGAGGACAUGUCGAGUGUGAUGAGGGAACUGUUGCAGCGAGACCGUGAUAGAAACCAUCACAUUGGUCAGGGAUUGUUGGCUAUCGGCGAGGGUUUAAAAUUAUUAGCAAGAAAUUCAAACCAAUAAAGUGCUAAAAAUAAAUAUGUUAUGUUAUUGUUAAAUUUUUAUGUUCACUUUAUUAGUAGAGAACUUAAAUGUUUUUAUGUCGUCGUUGAUUUUUUAUUGUAUUCAUUUACUAAUGAAGGCUAUAAAAGAAUAGCUUUGAGGCUGGACUCAUUGCCCCCUCUUGCAGUGAUCGAAGGAGAAGGGAAAUAAAGAACUCACCCAAAUUGCACAAAAUUAUAGUAUAUAGAUGAACUGCAUCGACGACUUGAAGCACUUGAGUUUGAGUUGUAGACCGUUUUGUCUAGAUUAUUCAUUCUAAAUUUUAUUAUAAGCAUCGAUUGUAAUAGUUUAAUAUUUGAGACAAAUAAAUAUCCUUUACUCUUAU